CCCCUGUCCCCAGUUUCAUACCUUUUUUUAGUACACCUAACCAGCGAAUUCUAGUCAAUUGAGCUUUUGACAGUCUGUAUAAUUUGAAAGUUGAGACUCUAAUUACUUAAUUAUGGAGCAAAAUUGGGAGAGUUUCAAAGAAAAUAUUGAGCCUCUUAGGCAAGGGAGACAGGUAGAAGAGUUAUAUAGAAUUAUAAAUAGCGAUGAUUUAAGCAACAAGCGUGAUCUUCAAGAUUCCAUCAGGAAAUUUGAACUGAAACUUUUAAAUUCAGAGUUGCAAGACGACCCUUUGGAAGAUUGGCUUAGUUAUAAAUCCUUUUUGCAGCAACAACUUUAUAAAGGUGACGAGAAGCGUAUGAUGAACUUCUAUGAACGCUGCCUUCAGAAGUUUCAGGGCGACGAGCAGUACGAAAACGAUCCAAGAUUUCUACGUUUGUGUAUUGACUACGCGGACUCGGUGGAUGAUCCUGAUGAUAUUUUUCAUUACUUAUUGCGCUCCAAUAUUGGAGCCAAACUUUCUUUACUUUACGAGACUUACGCUGUGAAAUUAGAGGAUUGCGGGAACUUUAGGAAGGCGGACGAAAUCUAUCUUCUAGGCCUUGAAAGAAAAGCACAGCCACUGUCACGAUUAACAAAGAGCUACGAGGCGUUUCAGCAUCGCCUGGCUGAAAAACUCAAAGCUCAGGAACUGACUGAAAACCCUUAUAUUAGCGCGUGCGUCACUGGCGCCGGUGGCCUUAGUGACCCUGCAGCGGACAUGAGGCUCCCUGCUGGCGACCAGGAGAACAUCAGAAAAAGCGUGCUCAUGCGCAACCUUCUUUUCAAGUUUUUAACGAUUCUGGAGAAAACACGUGCCCAAGUUCUACCCGGCCUUGUCGGCCACCUUUGUACGUGGAUAGGAGGAAAGAGAAUGCGCCUUUAGUCUCGCGCUGGGUGCAGCACUCGCUGCCGCAGAAGACUACGUGCGCUACUGAAAACACACCAUUUACAGUAUAUGUUGAAGAGCACAAUGGCAACACGGGACCCUCUUUUUCUGGAAACGUCCAUGCAUUCAAAACGCUGAGGCUUGAACCGAAAGAGAAGUUUUUUCACAGAACGCGCGACCAUUGCGAAGAUUCUAAAGAUCAACUGGCCUAUGAUUAUACCAAGCUUAUGAUGGGCACCAACCUGGAAAUAUCUCCUGAGGAGCUCCGGGCCCUACAGGCCCGAUAUCAGCCCCCGGCUUUUACUUUUACGGUCAUCGAACCUUCUAAAUUGUGUGACACAACGGGGGCCUCUAGACCACACGACUCUAACAUCAGUAUUCUGGGCGAGGAAACAAGCACCCUCAACUUAUCGUCCGUUUACAAGAAACUCAACUUCGAUACUCCGUCUGUUAACAUCAGCCAAAAGCGCGGGAGCGGUCACAAGAACUAUUUCCUGUUAGACCCACCCGAGGCCUCUGAAAGUCGAGAG